AAACGACGUAGUUUUCCUGGGGCAAAGAAUCUCCUCGCAUCAGUACCAGUGGCUUGUCCCCUAAGUCGACUAGUUUCUUUCUCCUCUAUAUUUCUCAGAAUCAAAAAGCAAAACAAAGACUCAGAUCGCACACAAAUACUAUCAGCAAAGCAAAUACGCAGUAAAAGAUAGACCCAAGCAGAUAUGGCUCGAUAUGAUCGUGCAAUAACAGUGUUUUCUCCGGAUGGACAUUUGUUCCAAGUGGAGUACGCUCUCGAAGCCGUUCGCAAAGGAAACGCUGCCGUUGGUGUUCGCGGUACUGACGUCGUCGUUCUCGGUGUCGAGAAGAAAUCGACCGCCAAACUUCAAGAUGCUAGAACGGUGAGGAAGAUUGUUUCCUUGGAUGAUCACGUAGCACUAGUAUGUGCCGGAUUAAAAGCAGAUGCACGUGUUUUGGUGAAUAGGGCUCGCAUUGAAUGUCAGAGCCAUAGACUGACUGUUGAGGAUCCUGUAACUGUUGAAUAUAUAACACGUUACAUUGCUGGUCUGCAACAGAAGUACACACAAAGCGGUGGUGUGAGACCAUUUGGUCUUUCAACCUUGAUUGUUGGUUUUGAUCCCUAUACAGGUGUUCCAUCUCUUUAUCAGACAGAUCCAUCAGGAGCAUUUUCAGCAUGGAAAGCCAAUGCUACUGGGAGAAACUCAAAUUCAAUGCGAGAGUUUCUGGAGAAGAACUAUAAAGAAACUGCUGGGCAAGAAACUGUGAAGUUAGCAAUUCGUGCUUUGCUUGAAGUUGUUGAGAGUGGAGGAAAGAACAUAGAAAUUGCCGUGAUGACAAAAGAGCACGGCCUGCGGCAGCUUGAAGAAGCAGAAAUUGAUGCUAUUGUCGCUGAGAUUGAAGCAGAGAAAGCAGCAGCAGAGGCAGCAAAGAAGGCUCCUCCAAAGGAAACCUAGAUUUAUUGUAGUUUCCAUCUAUUAUCUUGUACUGAGUGAUUAGUUUCUCUAUACUGCAUCACUUUGUUAUGUUUGAUAUUAAUUUCUUUGCUAAAGCAACAUCUCAUUUGAGGACUCCACCCUGUUUUGCGUUCCUCCCUAAUAUUGGUGUUUGCCUUACGGAAAUGGUCGGUUAA